AAGGAGAAGGAGAAAAAGCAGAAGGCAGCCAAUGCAGAGGAGGGAGGCGUCAGCAUCGACGAGCUCACGCUGAAAUUUCAGAAUCUCCAAGCGGAAAAGAGAAUGGAAGAGGAGGCGAGGAAUCGCAUGCAGCUGGAAAGGGACAAGAUUCAGUCCUUCUGGGACAUCACCAGGAAGGAGCUGGACAGUUGCAGAGCGGAGCUGCGCAUCAAGGACAGGGAGAUAGAAGACCUGCAAGACAGGCAUCAAGUGGAGAUCAAGGUGUACAAGCAGCGGGUGAAGCAUCUGAUGUACGAGCACCAGAACAGCUUGGCAGUGCUCAAAUCGGAUGCAGAACUGGGGCUGAAGCAGGCUGAGGAGCAGGCAGCGGGGAGGGAACAACAGCUGCUCGCAGACCAGCGCGCCCUCCAGCAGCAAUUCAGAGAGCAGGCAAGACGCUUGCACCCCUUUGGCAUACAUCGAACACUGCUUGAGCGCAAUUUUCAAAGCGCAAGAAUCAGCCCACUGCUGCACGGGCUGCCGCACGAGGAGGCGCUGAGGCAGGAGCAGCUGGAGCACGCUAAGCAGGCCAGCAAGAUGCGGCAGGAAGUCGAAAACGGCGCCCGACAGCUGGCGGAAAAGUAUGACAGGCGCGUGAGGGCACUGACAGAGGAGGCGGAUGCGCGGCGCAAGGCCGAGGCGGCUGAGAUGGAGGAGCGCAGGAACGCGCACGUCCAGGACCUGAUGCAGCAGUAUGUGACGGCGUUCGCUGACAUGCGCGAGUACUACAACGGCGUCACCACGACUAACCUCGACACAAUCAAAUCCCUGCGCGAGGAAGCUGCGGAGCUCAAGCGGCGAGACACUGCCUCUGCCAAGCUUGCAGCAGAGAUCGCAGCUGAGAACAAGCGGCUUGUUGAGCCCCUAGCGCAGGCACAAAAGACAGUGGAGGCUCAGAGGGCUGCUCUGGCCGGCCUUGAGAAAGUGCAGGCCAAUGCAGCACAGACAAAAGCUCGCAUGAAACUUGCGCAGCAGCGGCUGAAGGCUCUGGAGUGGGAACACGAGGUGUUGGAGCAGCGGUACGCACGGAUGGAGGUGGAGAGAGAUACACUCAGGGCAGCUCUAGAGGCAAUGGAGGAUGGCGCCAGGCGAUUGGCUAGCUAG